AUGUGGGGUGAUUCUUUGCUUAUUGUAUUUAUAUCAAUAUGCACGGCUUUUCUCGGUGAAGGCUUAACGUGGGUUCUUGUAUAUAGGACCGAAAAAUACCAAAAACUUAAGGUUGAAGUUGAACGUCAAAGCAAAAAAUUAGAGAAGCGUAAAGAAGCUCAUGGAGACUCUUUGGACAAACAACACAAGAAGAAAAUAGAAAGAGAAGAAGAGAGGUUGAAAAAUAAUAACAGAGACCUUUCUUUGGUAAAAAUGAAAUCUAUGUUUGCAAUUGGCUUUGCUUUCACUGCCCUCCUAAGUAUGUUUAAUAGCAUAUUUGAUGGCAGAGUUGUAGCCAAGUUGCCUUUCUAUCCAAUUUCUUGGAUACAAGGUUUAAGUCAUAGAAAUCUACCUGGAGAUAACUACACAGAUUGCUCAUUUAUAUUUCUGUACAUACUAUGUACUAUGAGCAUUAGGCAAAAUAUUCAAAAGCUACUUGGAUUUGCUCCAUCAAGGGCGGCCUCUAAACAAGGUGGUGCCUUAUUUGCAGCACCACCAGCUCAAUUUAAA